ACAGCUGGCUGAACCCUUGGCAUUUCUUGCUGUCGCACCUCGACGUCACUAGACCACGAUCGCUACACCACUGCCUCCCUACCUCCAAAAUCAACUUAUUUACACAGCACCUCGCGAUAAUACCUUAAUCACGAAGCCAAAAGCUCCUUUACCCUUCUCUUGUGUUCAAAUCAUCGCGUCGCGGCGCACGGAUAUUCUUUUCUUGACGAGUCCAUAACUUGGUCCGGGCUUCCCGCAUUGACAACCACAUCCAGUCAACGGUCUGCAUAUUAUAUCCACCUACUACUAGCAAAAAAUGAGCUUCGACGCUGGCGGUGUUGCUCAAAUGACUUACCAAGUCCCUUUCAAUAACUCGAUCGGCGUUUCUGGCCCUGGUUUCGCAUCUCGUGGAAAAGGGUCUCACAUCAAGCGGCUCAGCGUGGCCCCUCCUCCCAAGAUCUCAACCAUUGACGAAACUCAACAGGCCAACAUCGGGUCGACCCCCCGCACCAGUCGCGGUCAUCUGUUGGCUGGUCUUCGUACGGCUCCGAAGUCUGCCACUGUUCCUCCUGCCACUCAUGGGCAAGGGCUCGAAGGCAGCAGGUACGCCUCGACCCAAUACGGCAGUCCCGCCCCUCAAACUGCCACUGGCACGUACUUUCCAAACAAGAGAGCCUCUUACCAUGGUGGUUACCAGCAAGGAUACUCUCUUCAUGAACAAGUUCUUGCUCCUCCCACUCUAGACUUUGUCGACGCAACAGACAAUAUGGAUCAGAAUCUGUACGAUGAACUGAUAGCCACCAACAACUAUCUUGCUCAACAGCAACGAGCACUCCAGCAACAGCUGCUCAGCGUCAGCAUGGCUGCUCAGCAAUUGGGUGGUUUGAACAUGAAUGGCUCGAUGAUGAACAAUGCUGGCCAGCAGUUCCAGUCUCCCAUGAGUUCAAAUAUGAGCAUCUACAAUCAGCAGUUCCAGCAGGGUUUGCAACCGGUUGUGCAGCCUGUGCCAGGCAGUCCAGGUGUUUUCGCUGUCUACAAUCCUAUGACGGGUCAGUCCAGCUUUGUGGUCGACAAGGCCCUCCAUCAGCAACAGGAGCAAGCAGCUGGUCGGCGCAACUCCUCAAUGUCCCCUCCGCCUGCAACGGUGGGUACUCAACGUCAAUUCACCGAGUCGCCGUAUGCUUCAAAUGAGUCCCGUUCUCGAACCCCGCCCAAGUCGACCCCUAGCCCUCAACAAGAGGUUGAACCUCUUCCUCCCCCAUCGGCUAAUGCAUUCCGACGUGGACACCGCAAGAAUGCAUCAUCUGUCAAUAUCAAGACAACGGGAGAGUGGACCAAAGGUUCCGCCUUGAGGUCUGCUGGAUUUCCUCAGACUCCCAUGACCGGAACUUUUGGCCCUGGGCAAGCAAGAGCUGGAGAACACCCACUCAGACAACCCAAAGGUCCACCACUUCUGCAAGAGCUCCAGGAAAAGCCUACCUCCAAGCAUGAAGGCAGUAAAAACUUUGCCACUCGUCAACGCCGCCGAGCUGUGCACGACUUGGUGCGUGCUGGCAGAGAACGCCGCAGCGAUGGCCGUCAGUCUGGCUCUGGAGCUGGUACACCUGGUAGCGAGAAUGAAUUCAACUUUUCUGUCUCCUCCGACGGUGACUCUGUCCUUGCAGGUAGCACCAGCCUCUCAAGCAAACCAAGCCUCGGAAGUCUAAGGGCCGCUGCUAGUGGUGCAAUUGGGUCGGAAAUCAAGGAGAGGUCUAGGGAACGUUCUUCGGUCGAUAGUGUCGGAGCCCUCAGUGCUAAGAGCCUGAGCAGCGACGAGGGCAACGCCAUUGGAGGUCCUAUCGUCGAAGUUGAGCAACCAGUAAGACGCAACACACCACUUUUGGUUCUCAGUAGCGCUGAGAAACGCAAGAGCAUGAUUUUGUGAGGGAUGGCACAGGGCAGUGCUUUUCUACCAUUCCAUCGAGUACUCUUGGAAGACUCAGCCACUCAUUUCAUCACGACCUUGAUGACCA